GGCCACCAUCCACAAGUAUUCUAUAAUCAUCAUCUAUCUAUCUACCACACAACAAAUCUUUCGUCUAUUAUCUCUAUCAAAGUGUUAUGGCUUCCCUUCUCACAGCAAACAACAAACAGUCUUUUACUCCACCACUCCCGACGUCCAUAGUUGUUUCUGUUGUGCUGGUGUUGCUCCUCCAACAAACCACCAAUAAUGUCUCCUGCGAGCUUCACCGCCUUCCCGCCGAUGUAUCCCAAGGCGCCGUUUGCCCUGACGGCAGCCCGCCCGCUUAUGAAUGGGAAGCCGGGAAAGGCCGCCAUGGGGCGAGCAAUUGGCUGGUUUACCUCCAAGGCUCCGGCUGGUGCCUGAACACCUCCGCCCAUCGCAUUCCUGGUGGCGCCGUUCAAAGCUGUGCGGAACGGGCAAUGACUGACCUUGGUUCUUCCCGCCGCAUGGAUCCUUAUGAGUUCUCUCGCCACCCCAUUCUUUCUCCCCGGCCCAAUGAUACUUUUUUCUAUGAUUGGAACCGGGUGGUGGUGAGAUCAUGUGACGGGGGGUCGUUCUCCGGGGACGCCGACAUGCCGGAUCCCGUCACGGGUCUUCACUACCGUGGCGCGAGGGUGUUCCGCGCUGUCGUGGAGGACCUGAUGGCGAGGGGGUUGAAAAAUGCCCGGAAUGUCCUCCUCGCCGGAGGUUCGUCCGGCGGGCUCGGGGUCAUGGUGCACUGUGACCGGUUCCGGCGCAUGUUCUCGAGGAACGUCAGGGUGAAGUGUCACACUGACAGUUCCUUCUUCCUCCGCGUCAGAGACCCACGCCGGCCGCGGUUCUUUGACGACAUCUUCGGCAACAUUGUGGGUGUGCACCGUCCGGACAAUGCAUUGCCCGGACGGUGCACUUCGAGGAUAGGCGUGGGUGCGGUAUAUCGAAUCGCUGUUGUUCAUUUUGAACUCGGAGUUCGAUUCGUUCCAGGUGACGAACACGUUCUCCAAGGCCUUGCAUGAAAAUGUCAUAAACCACAACGUUAGCCGGAGCGACAUGGCAAUCCUCCGAGACUUCCGGGGCCAAACAAUCGGAGCACUGCCGCGACCAAGCAGCACGAAGGGGUAUCUACUCACAUCCCUCUUCAUGCACAGUCUCGGAACGACGCAGGGCUACAAAGGGCCAAUGUUUCCGGGGCGCAAGUCCAAAUCUUUUGAGAGUGCGUUGGUCGAUUGGUUUUUCGAUCGAGCGACCAAUGUUCAUCUCAUAGACCCCGCGAAACAACCCUUUUAUUGAACGCCCUGUGGAGUUGAGGAGAUGACAUCAACUUAAAUAAAUGAGUUUAAUUAGUUGAUGUGAAUAAUGUGUACUUAGCAAUGUGUCGUUAACUACUUAAUGAAUGUUAUUGAGCUGU